UGAGUUGUUCCUAGUAUUCGGCAAACAUGUCAGAAUCAGUGGGGUCACACCACCCCGACCACAAUUAAACUCUCCAAAGUGGAGUGGUAUCACUUUAAAUAGUCCAAAAGAUUGAGGGUUUUUAAGUAAUUCCAUACCCUUCACAAUCUUCCAAUAUUCAGCUAGAGUAGUAUUAAAGCUCUUCCUAACAAAAAAUAUUUUCUAACUAGAGAAGAGAAAGAGAGAGAAAAUGGCAGUGCCACUCAAAUCAACAUCCUCUAUGUCUUCUCAAUGUCCAUCUUCAUCAUCACCAAGCUCGAGCUCCAUGAAGCUCAAGUCCCUAAUCCAAACUCUCAUCAUCUCUCAUGUUUGUCACCUAAUCCGCGAAAUCUCCCGAGCCUCAUCCAUUCUUGUUAGAGUCUUGAGGAAGAAGCAAUACAAUCUCUUGUCACUAUCUUCUUCAUUCUAUCCAAAGAGAGCCUCCAAGAAACAAAAGACUAAUAUACUCUUCGGCUCCUUCAGACUUCACUACAACUUUUGCUCCUCUCACGUAGUGCCUGUCUCUGCGCCGGUACGUCUCCCUGAGGAGCUCUACUUGGCCCAUCUCCAGUACGACUCUACUUGGGAGUCAAUGUACUCCACCGAAUCGAUGGAUGGCCUCGAUGAUGAUAGUGUUGAUGAUGAUAUUCAAGAACCAUCUCAGCUCUCCAGCUUUCUAAGACAGCUAGAGGAUGGUAAAGUUAAAGACGGCAAAGAAAAAGAAGAAGAAGAAGAAGAAGGAAAAAAGAAGAUGAUGAUGAUGAAUGAGAUUGAUAAAUUGGCUGAUAUGUUCAUAGCAAAUUGUCAUGAGAAGUUCAUGUUGGAGAAGGUUGAUUCGUAUAGGAGAUUCCAAGAAAUGCUGAAUACAAGCAGUUGAUGGGCCCUUUUUAUCUUUCAUUUCUUUUUAUGUAAUUUCACUCUUUUUUUUUCCUUCUUUUUUGCUUUUGAAUUCCUUCAUGUUAUUCGAAUUUAUCUGGACAUGGACUGGAAGCAUAGGGAUGGAUUGUGUGGUGUUGGUUUCUGUUUCCAUAUAUGAUGAUGAUGGUGGUGGUUUAUAAAUUAUAUGUAGAUUACACAAUCCAAAAGGAAAACAGAGGAUUGGUUUUUGUUACUUAAUUUGGCUUUUGUGGUUUGUGUUUUUUUGCUACUUGUAUCUUGUGAUACCGUUGUUUGCUUCUGAUGUACAAAAGGGGACCUAAAGAUUUUGGAAUUAAUCUGACUUUUCU